ACAAACAAGUGUCUAGCACAUGAUAGCUAGCGAGCUGUGUGUGGGKUUUUUUAUGGGUUAGCCAAAAGGCUGUAAAAAUGUAUGGCGCUCCUGUGGAUUUAUCAUUCAAAUGCCUCAGCUCAAUGACAGACGCUCUGACGGAGGAGCCAAAUCAGGGCUUGCGGCCACUGAAGCGAAAUGCAGAGAAGAAGUUCUGCAGCCGCUCGCUGCGUCUCAACAACAACAUCAUCACAGACUUGAGUGGCUUCAAUAAUACGGUCUCAGCCUUCCUCUCAGAGCCCUCACAGCUCGCCUGGGUCGACCUGUCCUUCAACGACAUCUCACACAUAGACCCAGUCCUGGUGGAGCUGAAGGAACUGCGGGUGUUGUAUCUCCAUGGUAACAGCAUCUGUAACCUUUCAGAGGUGGAUAAGCUGGGCGCCCUGCCCUUCCUACAUACACUCACCCUGCACGGCAACACCAUGGAGAAUGAGGGGAGCAACAGGGGGUAUGUGAUUGCGGCUCUGCCUCACUUGAAGAAGUUGGACUUCAGUGCUGUAACACGGCAGGAGCGAAUCAUGGCCCAGGUCUGGCAUCGCCCCGGAAACCGUGGCAAAAACACUAGGAAGAACCAGGACAACUGACCUGUCACCACAGAAACGGAGGGGGGGGACGACACAAUCGCCAUGCCAACCAACCAAAAGGUUCCAGAACAACAGGCUUACAUCAGGAGGCCUUAUGACUGAAGCAUCAUGUAAAAGUACAAUAUGAAUCUACUCAUCAGAAACUCUUGUCUGGUGUCUGUCUUAGAGUUGGGGGGGAAGGAAUAGUACAUCUACAGUAGAUGUGAUUUCUGCUUAAUUAGGAUAUUCCUGACCUUUUUGUGACCUUGACCUAUAUAAUUAUUGAACUGGAACAGUGGCCACCCAGGCUAAAGGUAUAGAGUCCUCUCAAUCAAACUGUCCAAUAUGCACCUUUGUACACUGAACAAAAAUAUACAGAUAAUAUAUACACUGAACAAAAAUAUAA